AUGUUCUCGCCGCUACUCCUUUGUGCUUCUUACGUUUUUCUUUCUUUCUUUCUUGAUUUCUUUCUUUUUUUUUUUUUUUUUUUUUGUCUAUUUUCUUUCCAGAUUUUUUUUAACCUUUAUUUUAUUCCAGAUACACCUUUGAAAAAGAAGAAAUCAUUUUUACACUUACUCUCUCUCUCUCCCUUUCUACUCCCUUUGUAUCUUCCUCUCUUCUUUCUUUUAUUGUUUCUUCCUUUUUCUUUUCUUUUCUUUUUGCUUACUUUUAUCUUCGUCCUUUCUUUAUUUCUUACUUUCUUUUUCAUUUGCUUACAUACUUUCCUUCUUGCUUAUUUUCUUUCUUUCUCCUUCUGUUUAUUCCUGCCUAUACUUUUUUAUUUUUUCUUUCUUUUUCACUCUCUUUCAUGUUUGCUUGUUUAUGUACUUGCUUACUUUUUUCCUUCGUUUUUUCCUUCCUCUCAAUUUCUAUUUUUCUUUUUUCUUUCAUUAAUCUAUCUAUCUAUCUAUCUAUCUAAUCUAUCUAUCUAUCUAUCUAUCUAUCUAUCUAUCUGUUUGUCUGUCUUUCGAGCCCUGUCUUGUCAUAUCUAUCUAUCUAGUUAUUCCUUGAUUGUAUUAUGCCUUCCACCUUUCCUUCAUUUUUUGUUUCUUCAUUUUUUCUUUUGCCUUUUUUAUUACUGGUUUCUUUUAUUUUUCUUUCUUUUCAUUUUCCCUUCUUCUUUCUUUCUUUCUUUCUUUUUCCUCAUUUUUUCUUUCCUUUUUAUUUUCCUUCUUAUUUUCCUUCUUUACCCGUUUUCUAUUUUUUUUUUUUGUUUCCUUUUUUAUUGCUUUUUUUCUUUCUUGACUCCUUCUUUGCUUCAUUACUUUUUAUCUUUUUGUUUUCUUUCUCUCUUUCCUUUUAUUCUCUCACUCACAUUCCAACAUUUUAUUAAUUUCCUUUCAGUCAAAACAGCAUCCUUUUUACUCACUUCUUUUUUCUUCAUCUUCUUUCUUUUUGUGAAGCGCUCUUUUCCUUACUCUUUUAAAUUUUUCUUUCAAAAUUUUCCUUUUGGCUUUAUUAAAAAGCUCAUUUUACGUUUGAAUUUUUUCUUUCAAACAUUACCACCAUUUUUUUUUACUCUUUUAAAUGGAGAUUCUUUUUCGUUGACUUGCUUCAUGGCUUCCUUUUCUAAGCAUCCAUUUAUUUCAUAUAAAUUUUCUUAUUUCGUUUCUCCUUCUUACCUUUUCCUUCCUGUCAUCUCUCAUUAUUUUCCUAUUCUAUUCUUGCCCUACUCCUUCUCUCUAUUUCCCCGCCUUUCAUUGCUUCUGCUCCGUUCUUGCAUUUUACCAUUCCUUUGGCUAUUUCGUCGGAAGCGCCUUUGUUAUUCUGUUUUCAAAUAG